GCCGUGCCGCGGCGGAGGAGCAGUACACGAGCAGAUUCCAGGGCAGACGCUGCUGACUUCACCCUCGCGCACACACCUCACGCCCGCCGCACUGCCGCGACAAAGCCACCCGGGCCCCCACCCUGCCCGUCCGCUCCCCGCGCUUUUCUUUUACCGCAGCGCAGUGCCGAGGGGCUGAGCCCCCUUCCUCUCCCCGUUCCCACCACUUCAAGAUCCGAUCCAUCACCCGUCCCACCAGUCGCCCCCUCCCCCUCGUGAUCCCGACGCCGCCGACGACAACGAAACAGCUCAGUUUCCUGCUUUUCUCUAGUACCGCAGCGCCCCACCUCCGGAGUCACAAGGGUGGCGGUACGAGUAGGAGUAGAAACGUGAAGUGAAACGGGGGGAGGAGUGGAGGAGAAGCCCCGGCCUGCAGCGAGCACGCGGGGCGCACCACAGGCGCGCCGGCACCGGCCACCUACCUGGUCACCCAACCUAUCAUCUAUAGUAGGGGGGAUAGGGGAGUAGCAGUAGGCAGUGUCGCACUGCGGCUCUACUACUCCCACCACGCCUCCAACCCCCGUCCUAUACCAAUCCGCCGCAGGUCUCUAUCCAGCCCACUUGCCCUUCCUCUCCCCCGCCACAGCGGCGAGCUCUCGCGUCGUCUCUCCCUUUCCCUCAGGAGUGGCAGAUCUGUUCGCGUGAUCCCCAACCUGGAUCUUGAUGAUUUGGCGACUAUGAAGCGUCGAUUCCUUCGGGCGAGCUGGUUAUAGGGGAGUGUGGUUUCCUGGUCCUCUCUUUCAACCUCUGGAUGUUGAAUUGAAUCAAGUGAUUAACUGUGUUUUGUUCAUUCACAAAGAUACCCGAAACUUCUGCUUCAUAUGGUCAGCCAUCAUAAAGAUGCCAACAAAAGGACAGUUUAGCAGUGAAAGGAUUGUGAAGAACAUAUCAGGUCGUGAUGGACAAAAGAAGGGAAAUUCACUGCAUGACCAAAUUGCACACGUGCCAAAGGACAGGGUUGCGGCAGUCAAUGGGAAUGUAGAUGGAAAAUUUGAAGAUAGAAUCCGAGUUGCAAAGAAUGAUAAGUUCCGAAGGCAACGGGAAUCUUUGAGUGGGGAAAGGGCUGCAAGCAUGAAGGGCUCAAAACCAUGGCCUGGUCGAAAGACAACUACUGUUGAUGAACUUGUCAAGCAUAUGUCAAAUGUUCCUUCAUAUUUACAGCGUAAAGAGACUGCUGACCAUCGUCAAGACAAGGCACUGAAUGUUGGAGUUCUUGAGUGGGGCCUUCUUGCUAACUGGUCUCAGCAACAAAAGCAUGAUCUCGCUAGAAGCCAUGGAGCCUCUCCAUCCAAUACUAGCAGGUCUGUACUAUUCUCAUCUCCAUCACAUUCUUCCGCCAGCCCCAGCAGCAGAUCUCUUGAGAGUAAUCAGUCUACCCCAGUGAGUGACCAUCACCAUUCAUCUAUCAGAGGUCCGCAGAGUAGGCUGACAGAUAAACACCAUGCGACUGCCAGAUAUUCACCUAGCCCAAAUUCUGCUGUAUUGAGCUUGUUGCCAGCGCACGGCAAACAUCCCUGCCCAGAGACCAGCUGUAAUUAUGUUGGCUCGGGUCUCAGCAAUGUUUCUUUACCCUCAGACUCUCUAGGUUCUUCCUCCAGAAGUUGCGGAAGACCUGAAAUGGACGAAGAUGAAGAAAGUAGGAGGAGGAUUGAGGACGUUGUCCAUCACUGUUCUCGUAGACUUUUUACAGACAGCGAUAGUAUUGGGAAGAAUUUCUUCACAUCAAAUAACAAUGAUUCCUUGUGUAAUGAUCCUGAACAGAGCAGUGUCUUGAAUGGUCAAAAUUUUGAGUCGCUAAUAUCUGAUGGUGUGAUGGACACACCUAGAAUUUGCAGUAGGUUACCUGAUGUUUUCUUGGAGGAUAUUGAGCCAUCCCAUGAAUUUCCUCGAAUUCCAUACUCAUGUCCACUUCCCAUCAUAGAUUCAGCAGCUAAAGAGAUUCACACUACAAGCACUGAAGCUAGAAAUAAUUUUGUUGGUACGGCUGCAAAAGUAAGUAAGAACAGUAACCGAAACCGAUCUGCCAUGAGUGGCACUGAGAAUCCUCCCCAAUGUUCUGCAAAGUUUAGUGAUAGGAUGCCUGAUCGCCAUCUAGGUGCUGGGAUGAAUCGAGUGAGCCGCAGCUCCAGCCUGAAGGAGACACCAUGUGCUCGACAGCCCGAUGUAGUGCCCUCUGUCGAUAAGAUUGGAGACAGGUCAUCAUCCAACAGCAAAGGCAGGCGAAGCCCAUUGAGGAGGAUGUUAGAUCCAAUAUUAAAGCCAAGACAUUCUAGUCCAGUACGACCUUCAUUUGUUCCUAAGUGUCAUCUUCCAGUCAAUACCACUAAGCAGUCUCUGGACAUGGGCGGAUCAGUGCCACAGAAUGUGCAGCGAAGGUCAGUUGACAUGGUAGUCAAUUCGAAUUAUCCUACAGAAGCAAAUAUAAACCAGCCUCCUCAUGUGCUGCUGAACAGUGCAAGAUACCUCCAGCAAGAAAAGGAUUCACCAACAACAAGGCAAGCGCUUCUGCAACUAGCCUGGAAGAAUGGCUUGCCUUUAUUCAUGCUGUCUUAUGGUGAGUCUGAGAUCCUUGCAGCCACUGUUAGAAAGAAGGGCAUCUCUGAGAAGGAUGACCUGGAAAGCACAUAUGCUGUAUUCACUGUUGAAGAACCUAAGAAAAAAAGUGGAACGUGGAUCAAGGCAGGAGGUAAAAACAAGAAACAUCACCUGUUAUCCAGCAUAGUUGGAGAACUAAAGGUUGCACAUAGAAAAUCAAGAUGCCACCACACAAAAAAUGUUCAUGUACACAGGGAGUUUGUAUUGGUUGGAUCUGAAUUUCUACCAUCAUCUGAAGAAUCAGGUGAUUCACACAUCAGCGGAGAGCUUGCAGCUUUUAUCAGCCCACUGCCUCAGCAAGAAGCAGAAACUUCGAAUCAAUCAUCUUCACAGAAUAUGGGACAAAGUGAUUUGGCGCCGAGUGGCUGCGGUUGCCCCCCACUGGGAAACUUCCAGCCUAGUACCAGGAAUGCUAAUUCCGGUUCAGCCAAUGUUAUUGCCAUACUACCUGAUGGUUUCCAUGGCACAUCAACAUCUGGGCAGCCACUGCCUUUGAUCGAGAGGUGGAAAUCAGGAGGUGCUUGUGACUGUGGCGGAUGGGAUGAAGGUUGCACGCUGAGUGUCCUCAGUGGUACGGCCCCGGGAAAUGAUGCCAUUCAAGCUAACCAGGCAAUGGAUGGCAGCCAGCGAUUUGAGCUUCUAGCUCAGGGUCGAUCGCGAGAAGAUAGGAAUGCCUUCAGUAUGACUUCCUUCAAAGAGGGUCUAUAUACAGUGGAAUUCAGAUCAUCCAUUACUUUACUUCAAGCUUUUGCGAUGUGUAUAGUGAUGCUUCAUGGGAGGUGGUACCCUAACAGGAUGCAAGUUGCUUCGCAAGCAGUGCAAGGGCAUGAUGGCCUUGCCGAUCAUGAGCUCAAGACCAUGGCAGCCAGUCAAGGUAGAGCUCCAACCAGCUAUGUGCCCCAUCGGCCACCUCUUUCUCCAGUAGGCCGAGCCUAGCUUAUCGCGAUUAAAUGUAUGUUCUUUGUGUCCUCUCUUCAGUUGUGUAGUGCCUGUGGGAUCAAUAUACCAUGGUCCUCUGAUCCAUAUACCCAAAGUGGCAAUCUCUGUGCAAUCGGCCUUAGAAGUAGCUACCUGUACAUGUUGAUGUUGUAUGACUGAUAUGAUGUGGCUGCAAGGCCCAUCUCAGUGCUUAGUUACCUUUUAUAUGUUCUCUUCUCAAUUGCUUCUAUGCUGAAAGGAUGCACGCCUGCUGUCUGUUGAUACCCUUUUUUGAAGUCUGUUGCAUAAGCAGCAGCAUCUGUGCAAUCGCUGAACUUAUAUCUGGA